GAAAAAAAUAACUGAUGAGUAAACUUUUUUCGUUACCUGAACAUCGAUUAAAAGACCUUUAUAUCGACAAUCAUUCAGUGAAACUGAAGCAAGGUUACCGAAUAUCGGCGCAUAAAUGGAAUGCCUGAAUACGCUUACGCGCUCUGGGGAAAAACUGGAGGAAUUAAAUAACUUUAUUAGGAGAAAUAAAUCGGACGAUAUAGACUCACUGGUAUUUUACGAUCAGGAUGGGCGUCCCAAUUCUAUGUUAACAGUUGAACCUCUAGGUAGUUCUGAAUCUGAAAGAAGCAGUUACUACGUAUUCCUCAAAUACCACACUUGCUAUGAUUUACUCCCUGAAAGCGCCAAACUUGUUGUUCUAGAUACAGAACUUAGUAUCAAGAAAUCGUUUUAUGCACUCAUAUAUAACAAUGUUCGAGCUGCUAUACUUUGGGAUUCAUCCAAACAGAGCUAUACAGGAAUUCUAACGAUAACUGACUUCAUCAAAGUUUUAGUCACUUUAUAUCCUCCUGACAGUGGGAAAAUGGAUGAAUUUGAAGAAAGUUCCAUUUCCAGUUGGAGAGAAAUCAAUGAAAAUUUCACUACAAUCCCAUUAGUUCAUGUUACACCUGAAUGUUCAUUAUUGGAUGCAUCAAGAAUGUUAUUACAAUAUCGUUUUCAUCGAUUACCUAUUAUUGAUACAUUACAUGGCAAUGCAUUACAUAUAUUAACACAUAAACGGAUAUUAAAGUAUUUACAUUUAAAUAGGCAUAAUUUAUCUCCAGUCAAAUUUAUGUCAAAGAGUUUACAUGAACUUAAACUAGGCACUUAUAUACCAAAUGUUCAAACAAUUACAAAUAAUACAACAAUUAUAGAAGCUUUAAAAUUAUUUCUGAAAUAUCAAGUAUCAUGUUUGCCAAUUGUUAAUGAUGAAGAUGGUCAACUUAUUGAAAUUUAUGCAAAAUUUGAUGUGAUUAAUUUGGCUAUAACACGAUCAUAUGACAAUUUAAAUGUUCGUGUAUAUGAUGCACUUGAAUAUCGUCGAUUCAAUCGUGAUCGUUAUUCUGCUCCGUUGACAUGUUUAAAAACAGAUAGUUUACAAGAUGUUAUGGUGAAAAUUGUUGAAUCUGGUGUACAUCGUUUAAUUAUUAUUGAUGAAAAUAACAAAGUUGAAGGAAUCAUUUCAUUAUCAGAUAUAUUAAAAUUUCUUACAAAUUGGUCAACGGAUGAUGAUGAUGAUGAUGGUGAUCACUAUCAUCAUCAUAACAAUCACGCAUCGAAACAAAGAAACGAUCUUGUUCAAAUGAAGAAAUUUAUUACAAAUCCAUUGCGUAAUUCAUAUCAAUAAAUAAAUAAAAAACUAGUUGGUAUGCAUCAUUCUCUCCCCCCCCCUCUCUGUCUCUCUCUUUGUAUUCCCCUUUUCUUGAAAUGAAAUGUUAUAAAACUGAUCAAUCAGUUUAACAAUUAAUGAUUAGAAUUGGAUAUAAUGAUGACUAUCACUUGGAACUAAUUGGAAGGUUUAUGGAUUAAUAAUUAAAAUAUUACAUUACUGUUACUUACUUACUUACUUAUGCCUGUUACUCCCAAUGGAGCAUAGGCUGCCGAUCAACUUUCUUCAACCCACUCUGUCCUAGGCCUUCGUUUACUUCCAUUACUAUUACUACUAACACUAAUAACAUUACUCUCAUUAUUAUUAUUGUUACUAUUCCAUUCACUCUAUUACUACUACUACUACUACUACCAACCCUACUCAUCAUUACUCUAGUUUCCUAUAGAUGAGUAAUCACAAUUUUUAAAACAAAAAGAAAAACAACAACACAUAUUCUUUCAAGAUCCCCUACCCUCUAAUUUAUGUCUUUUAUUUAAUUUACCUUUAGUUUUCUAUCAUUCAAUAGAAAUCAUUAUUUUUUUUUAAAAAAAAAAUGUUAUUUUCCAACUCCACCCUCUCACUAUAUUCUCCCCGAAAAAAUAUUCGAUUCUAUAAAUACCUCCCCCCCCUGAAUUUGCAUAAAUUACAAUCUUAUCCUUUAUCUCUUAUUUCUGUACAUAAAUUAUCCUGUUGAUGUUUGUUAUGGUUUUUGGUUGUUUUUUUUUACGGUUGUCUCAUUGUUUAUUCAUCUUUGCAUGUAUGAACAUAUUUUCCUUUUAGAUAUUUCUGAUUAUAAUCAUAUGCUCACU